AAGAAUGUCAUCCAUGGAAGCAAAUCAAGUGUCUUCCAAUCAACAGUCAACACAACAAUGGCGAGCGCUUCAACGCUCACCCUUCUUGAUCAUCACCACUCGUAAAAUACUGCUUCUCCUCUCUCAUUCUCUCUCGAUCUUCUCGCUCUUCUUCCAAUCUUUCCCUCAGAUUUUCCCUCAUUUCCUCCCAUGGCAGACACACUUCUCGAUUCUGGCAUGGACGAAGUCCAGAAGCGCCUCAUGUUCGACGACGAUGGAUGAGAACGAUCGUGUUGUGGGUCAUGAAUCCAAGUAUAACUGUCACUUGAUGGAAAAUAUCGAAUCUAAAAACUGGCUGCAUCCCGCUUUUAGUGUCUUUUUAUUCAACUCCAAAUACGAACUCCUUCUUCAGCAACGAUCUGCGACAAAGGUAACGUUUCCGCUUGUCUGGACGAACACUUGCUGCAGCCAUCCAUUGUAUAGAGAGUCUGAACUAAUUGAGGAGGAAGCCCUUGGUGCAAGGAAUGCUGCACAAAGGAAGCUGUUGGAUGAACUCGGUAUUCCUGCUGAAGACGUCCCAGUCGACGAGUUCAUUCCGCUCGGUCGAAUGCUAUACAAGGCACCCUCAGAUGGCAAAUGUGGGGAGCAUGAAUUGGACUAUCUCCUCUUCAUCGUUCGAGAUGUCAACGUGAACCCGAACCCGGACGAAGUAGCGGAUGUGAAGUACGUAAACAAGGAGCAGCUGAAGGAGCUUGUGAGGAAAGCAGAUGGUGGAGAAGAGGGCUUGAAGCUGUCUCCUUGGUUCAGGCUUGUUGUGGACAAUUUUCUGUUCAAGUGGUGGGAUCAUGUGGAGAAGGGGACUCUUAAAUAAACAUUUCCAACGAGGUGUCGGAGAUCUCACGUUUUCAACCAACCCUCGACCCCUACAAAGGCCACACUCCCUCAACGCUUCAACCAACUGAACCCUCAUGGCCAUUUGAGAAUAACAAAGCACAAAGAGAAGGAAAUCCAACGAAAACCUUCUCUUUGGAGUGCGAUGUCGGCGAGACAGAGAGAUUUGACCCAAUGUCGUAACAGACGACACACGCUGCAGAAGUGGCGACCGACAACUCAGGACACACCACAGUAUGCCAAACCACGUUUGUCUUCAUGGUAUUCAACGUGGUCUUAUUGUCGGUAAGGGAAUUUAUUUUUCUAUAAAUAGUUACGUCAUGGUUUGUUGUUUUAGGUUACACGAACACCUCCAUUGCCUCGGGUGUGAAAGAGAAGUGGAUAGAGACGUAGAAAAUGGAAAGAACAAAUCACGACUAUCAGGUGCUAAAUUCAACUUCGACCUUAUAAAAAGGAUUUAAGUUACGAAAUUAGAAUUACUAAAGCUAUUGAGCGAAUAUUCAAAUAGGUAAAGGCCAACCAAGUAAGUGGCCAACCAAGUAAGUGGCUCUACUAUCGGCUCGGUCAGAAGACCUGUCUUAUGUAUGAUGACACGUGCCCAAUAGCACGUGUCAUGUAUGUUAUUAUGGUAUUAGGAUGUGUAUUGAUGAUGCUAUGAUAAUGCGAUUUGAUAUGACAUUAUGAUAUGUUACGAUGA